AUGGACGAGUUUGUUGGCCGCUGCAAGAUUGGCCGCAAGUUCAGCGUCGGCAAGAGCGUGAACGGCGUGGAGUUCUUUGGUGUCGAGGUCUCAGACAAGCCGGGGGUGGAGGAGGCGGAGCCAUACUACAAGUACAUCGGCAACAUGCACGGCAACGAGGUCAGCGGCAGGAUGCUGCUGCCGAUGCUGGCGGAGUGGCUUUGCGCCAACAACGGCAAGGACGCGCGCGCAACGCGAAUGGUCCGGGACAUGCACCUCUUCCUCAUCCCCACCAUGAACCCCGACGGCUUCGAUGCUCGCCAGCGAGAGAACGCCCACGGCGCCGACCUCAACCGCAACUUCCCGGACCCAGUCCUGGACCGCGGCAGCGACCUGCGCAAGGCCACGGCCGCCACGGAGCCCGAGGUGGCCCAGAUCAUGGACUUCAUCCUCAGCCGCACCUGGUCGGCCUCGGCCAACCUGCACGAGGGGUCCGUGGUGGUCAACUACCCCUACGAUGGUUACACCAGCCCCGGCCGCUCCGGUACCGCCCACCUGACGCCUGACGACGCGACCUUCAAAUUCCUGGCCAGGACCUACGCUGACAAGAACCCCCUCAUGGCAGCCUCCAGGGAAUUCCCUGGGGGCAUUACUAAUGGCGCCCAGUGGUAUGACAUCUACGGCGGCAUGCAGGACUGGAACUAUGUGGUGGCCGGCUGCAUGGAGGUGACCCUCGAGGUGUCCGCAGAGAAGUUCGUGCCGGCCUCCGGCCUCAAGGCCAUCUGGGACCAGAACCGCGACUCCCUCAUCGCCAUGCCGCUCGCCGCGGCACUCGGAGGCGUCCGCGGCCGCGUGACGGCGGCCGGCAGCGGCGCCCCCCUGGCUGCCACCCUGGCCGUCAAGAGCUCCGAUGCCAACAGCGACGCCCCGGUCCCCUUUUACGCCAGCAAGAACUUCGGCUUCUUUGCUCGGCCCCUGGUCCCCGGCACGCACACCCUGGUCGUUGCCGUGGACGGUUACGCCACGGCAGAGGCGGACGUCACGGUGCCGACAGACGGCAGCGGCGUCGUCAAGAACUUUGUGCUGAAGCCGCUGAAGUGA